UGGAAGAUUAUUGGGGUUUGAGUAGAACAAAUGAUUAACAAAAACUAAUUUUUAUUUUGUUCGUAGUUAUUUUUUGUAAAAUUUAUGAAUAUAAAUGAUUUAAUUAAAGUGUGAUUAAGUAUAGUAACAAUUGAAAAGAGUAAUAUUAGCUUUUUUAAAGAAUAAAAAAAAGGAAAAUUAUAAAAUAAUCAUGACGCACAACGCUUUAAAUUGUACCCCACCAGCGAUAGAUGACUUUCCAAAAGAUCUUUUUACAGAAGCAGAAAGACAGUCCGGUUUUGUAGUACUUCACGUUAUAGCAAGUUUAUAUUUAUUUGUAGCUUUAGCUGUAGUAUGUGAUGAAUAUUUCGUACCUGCAGUUGAAAAAAUAUGUGCGGCCUUAAAUAUGUCGAAUGAUGUAGCUGGUGCUACAUUUAUGGCAGCAGCAACAUCAGCUCCAGAACUUUUUGUAAAUGUGAUAGGAACAUUUAUUACAGAAGGAGAUAUUGGUGUUGGAACUAUUGUAGGUUCAGCAGUUUUUAAUAUAUUAGCUGUAGCGGCGUGCUGUGGAAUAGGCGCAGGAAUGACUAUACCAUUAGAUUGGUGGCCUCUAACAAGAGACAGUAUAGCUUAUGGAAUUACUGUAGCGAUAUUGAUAUGUGUAAUGCAUGAUGAACGUGUCGAAUGGUAUGAAGCAUUAAUAUUGGUUUCACUUUAUGGAGUUUAUAUUGGUAUAAUGGUUAAUGAUAAAGCACUUCAAAGAUGUGCAAGACAGGGUGUAGAUAAUGCAAAAUCACGAAGUAGAUCUGUUGAUAGCACAGCACAACCAAAAACUGCACAAGGUCAAGAAAUAGUUGAAACUGAGUUUGGAACUAAAGUUGAAAAAGUAGAAAAGGUUGAUACUCCUCAACAAAAUGGUGGUUUAAACUCUUCAAGCAGUCCGCCCGCAACAGAACCUCCCGGAGAAGAAUUGGAUUACGAAAGUUAUUCGUUAACUCAUUGGCCAAAAGGAAAAUGUUUUGCAAAAUUUACUUGGUUAAUUAUUUGGCCAAUUCAUUUACUAUUUAGAUUCGUUAUACCAGAUUGUAAGAAAAAAAGAUUUAAAAAACUUUUCCCUUUAACUUUUAUCAUGUGUAUUGUAUGGAUUGGAUCACUGUCAUAUGUUGUUGCUUGGAUGAUAACUAUAAUUGGCGAUACUUUAAAAAUACCUGAUUCAGUUAUGGGUAUCACAUUUUUGGCAGCAGGAACCAGCGUUCCAGAAGCAGUUUCAAGUGUGAUUGUAGCCAAACGAGGUCAUGGGUCGAUGGGAAUAUGUAAUUCAAUUGGAUCUAAUACUUUUGAUAUUCUAUUGUGCCUUGGUGUACCGUGGUUAAUAAAAGCAGCAUUUUCACCAAUUGAAGCUGGUCAACAUUUUGUUGCCAUAAAUUCGGCUGGUUUAGAAUAUUCAGCAAUCACAUUAUUAUCAACAUUAUUUUUGCUCUAUAUUACAUUCUCAUUAAGUAAAUUUAAAUUGGAUAGAAAAGUUGGAAUAGCUUGCCUAAUUAUGUAUUUGGUAUUUUUAAUAUUUGCUACUUUGAUUGAAUUAAAUGUAUUCUUUAGAGUAAAUUUACCAACUUGCGGGCUUUAAAUAAGAAAGGUUUACGUUUUUUUUUGAGUUAAGUUUAAAUUUAAUUCUCAUAACUUUCGUAAAGAAGAAGAAGAAGAUAAAAAUUAAAUUCUAGAUUUUAUAAUUUUACAUCCAAUUCAUUUUCUCAAUAACUAUUUUAACACUAAGUAUUUUUUGUUAGUAUAUUGAUAGUUAUUAUUUUACUUUAAAUACAUCUUAAUAUUAUUCAAUCUAUACUUAACUGUUGGUAUUGAAUUUUAAAUUGAGAUAUACAUAAGGACUAAAUAAAUAGUUAAAGAUUUAUAUUGCAAUUGAUUCAAUGAUUGUACGAAAGUGUUUAUUAAAGAUUAUAAUAUACAAACAUAUUAUUAAUUUGGCAGGCAUAAAAUAUAAAUAAAAAAAUUGUUUUAAAUAAAGAAAUUGAAUAUUAUAUUUUAGCUUUUUAUAUAAAAAUUAUGUAA